CCCCCCAUCUACUUUUCUCUCUCAAGAUUCCCACUCUUUCUCCCUCUAAAACUUUCAAAAAUAGACACAAAGCCCAUCAAAAGCUCUCAGGUUCUUCAUGUGAGAGUUUGGUAAAAAAGAAGAGAGACAUCUGUGACUUCUUUCCUUCCAGAACGGUCUCGUUUUAUGUGGUGGAGUCCACUUGCAAUCUAUCUCUAUCUUCACUCUUUGAAAGUUAUGUAUUUGGUACUGAAUCUUUCAAUACCAAAUUUGUAAUUGAUUCUUCACUCCUUUUUUUUUUUGUUUUGGUAAGUUCAGUCAAUCGUGAGGAUAUUAUUACCAGAGUCGGUUAUUCAAAUUCGGAAAGUUGAAAUAUUUUCGCACAAGAAAAUAUGAGAUACAACUCGAUUUGGUUCUUGUACAGCUACUUAGACAAGCUUCUUCUGUUGAGGAAAACAGAGCAUUUCUUCUUCUUUUUCUGAUCAAUGACUACUACUACUACUACUACUCGGGUUCAGAAAGAUUCAAAUGGAGACAUAGGUGAGCAUCUUCGUAACCAUAUUCACUUAACCAACUCUAUCCACUUGAAGAAUCAUCAUAUGCACAACAAAAACGGUCCUGCAGGGUCUCUUCUUAUGAGAGAUCUCGUCCUUCUUCAGAGAUCAAGAUCUCUCAGAGACCCAUCAGCGAACUCUCCUUCCGUGACGAUGGUCGAUUCGAAAGAAGAAGAAGGAAGAAGAAGGAGAAGAAGAAAAAGAAGAUCCGUUGAUCAGAAUGUAGUCAAGAAAUCCGGUCUUAGGUUGAUGACUAGUUCCUCUCCUGUUCUGAAUUUCGGUACAUCUAAAGUAACCCCUUCUGAUGAAAGGUGUGAUGAUGCGCUGAGCGAGAGGAGUUACGCGAAUGAGGUUUAUAGUGUUGCUUCGGUUAAAUCCGGUUCGAAAGGUGGUGCUAACGAGGCUGUUUUCAAGACUCUGUCUGAUCAGUUAAACGAGGUUUUAGGUGACAGUGAUGAUGCGGUGUCUAGCAAUGUUCGAGCGCGAGGUAAUGGGCGGAGAAGAAGGAAGUUAAGAGGCGCGAGGAGAGCGGGAAGGGCCGUUACUGUUAGAGACAAUGUUGGUAAUAUGAGUGAGAUGCCUCAGGAGGGAGAAGAGGAGAUGACUAGAGCUGUUCCAAGAAACGGUUGUGGACUUCCGUUUAACUGGUCAAGAAUCCAUCACAGAGGCAAAACAUUCCUGGAUAUAGCUGGUCGGAGCUUAUCGUGUGGAAUGUCUGAUUCAAAAGGAAUAAAGUGCUUAACCGAUAUGCCAGUGUCCUCUGCUUCAAGCUCUUCUUUCACCAAACCUGAUCGCCGCCACGGGUUGCCUCUUGUAGUCGAUAGCGCGGACAACGAAGGCUGGGAGCAUGAUUACUCCGGCGAGCUGGGUGUUUUCGCCGACGAUUUGCUCAAGAACGAUGAGAAACACAGCCGUAGAAACGCUCUGCGGCGGCGGGCGCAUCAAAGCUUUACGCAGAAAUACGCUCCGAGGAGUUUUCGCGAUGUCGUUGGACAGAGCCUGGUUGUACAGGCUCUGUCCAACGCGGUUUCGAAGCGAAGAGUGGGACUUCUUUAUGUGUUCCACGGUCCGAAUGGAACCGGUAAAUCUUCUUGCGCUCGCGUUUUCGCCAGAGCUUUGAACUGUCGUUCCGCGGAAGAACAUUCGAAGCCCUGCGGUGUCUGCGGCUCGUGUGUUGCCUACGAUGAUGGUAAGAGCAAGAACAUUCGGGAGAUGGGUCCUGUAAAAAGCUUCGACUUCGAGAAUCUGAUCAUCUCCCAAAACGACAGGCAUAAUCGUCAUCAUCAUCACCUUGUGUUCAUAUUCGAAGAUUGCGAUACUAUGUCAACAGCUUGUUGGAAUGCGCUUUCGAAAGUCGUGGACCGAGCGCCUAGUCGCGUUGUUUUCGUUCUCGUUUGCUCGAGUCUCGACGCUCUGCCUCACAUUGUUGUGUCGAGGUGCCAGAAGUUCUUCUUCCCUAAGCUCAAAGACUCGGAUAUCAUCGGUUCUCUGCAAAGGAUUGCAUCAAAGGAAGAGAUUGAUAUCGAUAAAGACGCGUUGAAGCUUGUCGCUUCGAGAUCGGAUGGUUCCUUGAGAGACGCUGAGAUGACUCUAGAACAGCUGAGUCUGCUCGGAACAAGAAUCUCUGUUCCUUUAGUUCAAGAACUGGUUGGGUUAGUCUCUGAUGAGAAGUUAGUUGAUCUUCUUGAUCUUGCUUUAUCCGCGGAUACUGUGAACACCGUGAAGAAUCUGAGAAUGAUAAUGGAAACUGGCGUCGAACCGUUAGCCUUAAUGUCGCAGCUAGCAACCGUCAUAACCGAUAUCCUCGCCGGAAGCUAUGACUUUGCUAAAGACCAACGUAAAAGAAAGUUUUUCGUGCGGCAACCAUUGUGUAAAGAAGAUAUGGAGAAGCUGAGACAAGCUUUGAAAACGCUGUCUGAAUCAGAGAAACAGUUGAGAGUAUCAAACGAUAAACUAACUUGGCUCACUGCUGCGUUGCUUCAGCUAGCUCCUGAUCAACGAUACUUGCUUCCUCCUCCUGGUUCUCCCGCUGAUGCUAGCUUCAACCGUAGUCCUUUAGUGGAUGCUGAAGCUAGAGGUCGUGGUGGAGAAGGUUUCAGUAGCAUAAACCGACCUUCGGUUGAAGAUAUUUGGUUAGCGGUUGUGGAGAAUGUUCGCGUUAACGGUUUAAGAGAGUUUCUUUAUAGAGAAGGGAAGAUCUUUUCUAUUAGUAUCGGUUCAGCUCCCACGGUGCAGUUAAUGUUCAAUUCGCCAGUAACGAGAUUAACGGCUGAGAAUUUCAGAGAUAAUAUUUUGAGAGCGUUUGAGAUGGUUCUUGGAGCUCCCGUCACGUUAGAGAUCAGAAUCGAGGCAAAGAAAAACGUUAGUGGAAGAAGUGAAAUCAUCGAACUAGAGGAUGAAACUGAACCUGCAGUGGCUCGGGACGCGAACGAGAACAAGAACCAGAGCAUCGUGAGAGGAAAAGUGUCGUUGAGUCAAGUGAUUAAGCAAAGUGAAGGAAGCGGUUGGUCGAAACGCAAAGCUGUGUUGAUUGCUGAUAAGCUUGAACGUGAGAAUCUGAGGCUUGAAUCUAGGUCAAGAAGCUUGAUAUGUUGGAAAGCGUUGAGAAGCGUACGUAGCAAGAUGCGGCGAUUGAAGGUGAGAACGAGGAAGGUGCGAUUACAUUCGUUGUGGAAGCUUGUCUCGUGUGGGAAAUGUUUACCACUGGCAUCUCCUUCUAGAUUAUAUAGAUAGGCCGUUUUUGUUUUAUUUAUUACUUGAAAAAUUGUUCGUUGUACGUUUUCUUUCAACUCUUUUUUUAUCGUAGGCAUAUUUUUAAAAUUAAUAGUAUUUGUAGCA